CUCUAUUUGCUACUCCCAACAUACCUCCACCUCCAUUGUGUCUCGCGCGAACAUCGAUCUGAUCCAUGCCUCCUCGAGGACAACCAGGACGCGGAGCUGUUCGAGGCGGAACUGGUCGAGGCGGCCCCCGAGGCGGCCCUCGAGGUGGUCCUCCUGUGCAUGGCGGUCCUUCCGUGCGUGGCGGUGCGGCUCCCCGCUCUGGAAGCGGGCAGCUGCCGUCCACGAGCGGGCAUGUUCUCACCAUCGGCGUGAGAAGGACGGCGUAUGGCACAGCUGGGAGGACUAUUCCCGUGUUCACCAACCACUUCCUCGUCAAAAUUCCUGAGGAAGUUAUCUACCAUUAUGACGUGAUUCAUCCAGAUGAAAAGACACUUCCUGCAAGGUUGAACAUGCAGCUCAUUGAUCGCAUGCAGAAAUCCGUGGCUCCCCAGGUAUUUACUCCUCGCGCGGUAUAUGAUGGAAGGAAGAAUCUCUUUGCGGCACGUGAGCUCCCGUUCGGUGAAUCGGGAAGCCAGGAAUUCGAUGUAACUCUUCAAGAUGCUGCGGCUUCGACAAGGCCAGGGGGACGCGGCCCGAAAAUCUACAAGAUUCGUCUCACUAAAGUGGCGACGAUUAACCCGGAGGUUUUGGCACGUUUCCUUGAGGGAAAACAGUCGCACGACAACACCGUGCUGACAGCAAUUACAGCCCUUAACGUUGUCAUCCGCAUGGAACCGACAUUGAACCACCCAUUCAACGUGCGCUCGUUCUUCACUGACACCGAAAAAAGACCCAUUGGAGGCGGGAUCGUGCUGUGGCGUGGUUAUUUUCAAUCUGUGCGCCCGGCAGCAGGGAAAAUGCUCAUCAACGUCGACAUCUCGACUGGCACAAUGUACCAGGAAGGUCCUCUUAUCGACCUUUGCCUGGCGUUUUUUGGAGGGAACAACGUUGGCAUUCUGUCACCUGCUCGUGGGUUUCCAGACCGUGAGCGGAUCCGCCUGCAGCGAUUCCUGACCGGAGUCAGGGUUUUCACGACUCCACCCGGUCAAGCAGAGUCCCGUACUCCCAGAGUGAUCAAGAAACUGAGUACUGCCGGCGCAAAUGCUCUCAGCUUUACGAUGCACCAAGGUGGCAUCAUGACCGUUGCUCAGUAUUUCCAGCAGACAUACAAUUACAAUCUCAGAUACCCGGACUUGAUAUGUGUAGAGGUCGGAAACGGUGCAUUGAUUCCGCUUGAGCUUUGCAGAGUAGAAAAAGGUCAGAUUAUGAGAAAACAAGUGCCGCCUGAGAAGACGAAGGACGUGCUGGACUUUGCCACCAAGAAACCUCAAGAUCGUCUGCAAAGCAUUGUCAAUGCGCUCGGUGUGUUGAAUUAUGGUCAAUCAGAAUACGUGAGACAAUUCGGCUUGCACGUCGCACCAGACGCCCGCCCACUCAGCCUACAAGCGCGCGUGCUUACUCCUCCCACUCUGAAGUAUGGAGCGGGAUCAAAACAGCCUACCAUUACACCGCGCGAUGGCGCUUGGAACAUGAUUGACAAGCGUUUCUUCAGACCAUCCGUGAUUGAUCGAUGGGUAGUUGUCGUCUAUGAGCGUCAACAACGAUUCGGUACACAAUACGCUCAGGACAUGGUGCGCGGCCUGCUCAAGGCCUGUCAAGACGUCGGCAUCACUGUGAAGGAGCAGGAUCCCAUCAUCAGAUGGGAGUAUGGUCAGGGCCGUAUUGCCGAUCAAUUGAGGGAUGUCGGCAAGGCAUGCGUGCAAAAGAACAAGGGACCGCCCACCCUCCUCGUCGUCGUGCUUCCUGAAGGUGGUACGGACAUUUACACGGCCGUGAAGCACUUUGGUGACAUUACCAUGGGCGUCGCGACGCAAUGUUUGAAAAGCAACAAAUGCGCUCGGGCAAAGCCUCAAUAUUACGCAAAUGUUUGUCUAAAGAUCAAUGUCAAGUUGGGCGGUAUCAACACCAUCCCAGAACCGCGUUCUGUUUCGAUCUUGACGGAUCCUCACAAUCCGACAAUUGUGAUGGGAGCCGAUGUAAUCCAUCCUCCGCCUGGUGCGGAGGGUCGGCCAUCCUUCACGGCUCUCGUCGCGAAUGUCGAUUCAGACACGGCGAAGUAUGUGGCUGACUGCCGCGUUCAGACCUCGCGUAAGGAACUCAUCGAGGACUUGGAGGCAAUGAGCCAGCAUAUGCUGGAGAUGUACAUGUUAUAUCGUACGAAAAAAGAAGGCAAGAGCAACGGGGCGCCGAAGCGCAUCAUCUUUUACCGGGACGGUGUUUCUGAAGGACAGUUCAAACAAGUUCUAGAACAGGAACUACCGCUGAUCAAACAGGCGUGCAAGAACCUGAACAUUAAUCCGACAAUUACCAUGGUCGUCGUCGGGAAGCGACAUCAUGUGCGGUUCUUUCCGCAGGCGCAGAAAGAUGCGGAUAGGAGUGGAAAUUGUCCCGCCGGCACCGUCGUCGACCAGGAGGUAACACAUCCCCUCGAACUUGAUUGUGUCCUGUACGACGAGAAUAACUUCACGCCGGAUGGUCUCCAGGCGUUGUCUUUCGCGCUGUGCCACGUUUACGCCCGCUCGACGCGAUCGGUCUCGAUUCCGGCGCCGGUGUACUAUGCCGAUAUUGUCUGUGCCCGCGCGAAGAAUCAUUACGAUCCUCAGGCGGACCUAGACUUCUCGGACUCCGCGACCCAGCUGGAUUCGAGGGCGGUGGAGGGAAAUCUUGAAGCUUUCAAGAAAGGCUUCAGGCCGCUUCACAAAAAUAUGACAUAUGUUAUGUAUUUUUCGUGAUGGCCUCCUUUCCCCUCGCGGUGUGAUGUGGGCGCAUCCUGUUGUUGUGUGUCUUCAACCAUUGUAAUAGUGUCACUGUUUGUCCAAACGUGUGUAUAAAAAGAAUAAAAUGGAGUCGUGAAAAUCUUUCGUGUCU